GCCCACCUGCAUUGAUCAAACAGCAAAUUAACCGGCAAAAUGGAGGCGAGUAUACAUUUAAAAGACGAAAAUAAUGGCAAGACUAAGAGUGCAUGUUCGGAGGAGAUCAGGGCUUUGCCGGGCGUGGAAAGCCAGUGCAAUUUCAGCAAAGCAACUGAAGAAGUUUUGAAGGCAAACGUCAGUAAAGAAGCUCUGGAAAAUAUAAAGCAAAUCUUCGAUAAAACACGAUCAAUUCGGAAGGUGGCCGACGGCAAACACCAAGAAAUCCAAGCCCAGUUCAAGGACUUGCGGGAGAGAUUAAACAGCAGCUCAGAAUGCCUCAAUCGCAUGAAGAAGGGCAUUGACAACAUCAAGUUUUCCUAUCAGGCCAAAGUGGGUGAAGUCUAUCGCACGUUGAGUCCCUCAACGGAUUAUGUAGAAACCCCACGCACUAAAGAAGAACUAGCGGAGAAAGUUGAAGAUAUUCGCAACAAAAUUGAAGAGAUUCAAAAGCGUGUUUCAAUUGAUAAAGACAAGCAUUCAAGAGUGAUUCAGAGCUACCAGGAGGCGUUUGACCAUGUAUCAACAAUGCUGGAGAACAUAGAGCAGGGCAAUUACAGCUCUAUGAAGCUCAAAGAAGACUAGAAUGUAUUGGCAUAAAAAAAUUACUCACCCGAUAACGCAUGUA